AUGACAGUUGAACAUCUUGCAACGGAGCUUCUGCUCCAGAUAUUUCGAUCGUGCGAUUCAGUCUCCGAUGUUUUCAACUUAUCAGCAAGCUGUCGUCGACUCAAUCGCGUCUUCAAAUCGUCGAACAAACAGCAAAUCAUCGCCAAUGUCGCAGAGACCCAAUUUGGCCCCCUCAAUGAUAUCAUCCAAGUAGUGACGCAGAACGACAGCCAACCAGCUCAUCAAAUCCGACAUGCGUCUAUGUCCGAUGCCCUCCUGAAACAAAUCAUCCAGAUAGGUCUGGUGGCGCAAAAAUGGGAAACAGUCUUCCCAUUCAAGAAAUGGAAAGCUGACUACGAGAAUCGCCGCUCUCUCACUAAUCAAGAGCGAUUACGUGUGCGCCGCGCCGUGUAUCGGAUAUGGCUAUACCACAAUGCAUUCCAUUCUCGGGCUUAUGACAGACAUUCUCGCAAUAUUCGCCAUGUAGUCUUGGAACGGGCCCAGCUUCUCCAUAACUGGUCAACCCAAGAGCUGGCCGAGAUUGAAGACCUUCGUCUUGUCAUGAGCGACGUUGUGCAGAAUCACAUCUGUCCCAGCAACGGCACUAUUCAACGCAAGUUCCGCAAGCGGUAUCCGGAGAGUAAUCAUCAGCUCUCUUUUAACAUCCACCUGAAUUAUCCUCCACCAUCAAAUCCUAUCUCGUUGCAGAUUCAGUCGUCAGUCGGAAAAGCCCCGGGGUCUUCACUGCAACAAUAUUUCCAUGUCGCCCACCCAAGCAACUUCACCGAUUCACCAGCCAAAUAUCGGUCUCGAUUUCGCAAUGAUCUUUCCCAUGACCCCGGGUCAGAGGGCUGGGGAGAUGAGAUCCCGCAUUACUACAUCAUCCAGGACAUGAUGAAGCUUGAUCCUGGUCAAAUCCUAUGGUUGCGCGAUCAUGCUCUUUUGAAGGAGCAGGUGGAGGAGUAUAUAUGCUCCCUGGGAGACUGGUUCCGCGAUAAUGGCGAGACAUUCGGUGAUACGUUGGAAUAUGUCAUGAAUGAGCGCGGUCUUGAUGUUGGGGAGUUACGUUCGGCAGUUGUUGAUCGUGACAUGGGCAUAGUGCUUGAUUAG